AUGGCCAAGAAACAGGUACUCGUGGUCGGCGCAGGCGUCGUCGGCCUCACCACAGCGCUCGAGCUGCACGACCGGCUCGGCGACAGCGUCGACGUCUCGCUCGUGGCCAAGGACCUCCCCGGCGACAGCGCCGUGUUCUACACGUCGCCCAAGGCCGGCGCCCACUGGGUGUCCACCAACGCAAAGGAGCACAAGGACUGGGCGCUCGCCACCUACCGCAAGCUGCGCCAGCUCGCCGCGGUUCCGCAGGCGUUCGUGCAGGCGUACCCGCUCUACUACGGCGACAUUGUCCCUGCGGGCCACACCCCGCCCCGCUUCGACGAGCCCUGGUACAAGGACGCCGUGGACGGCUACCGCUACCUGGGCACAGACCCGCGCUUCCCGGACGUGCAGAACCUCUUUGUCUUCACGUCCUACACCAUCUCCACCACGCUCUACCUCGUCUACCUGCUCUCGGAGCUGCGCCGCAGGGGCGUCGCCGUCCGCCGCCAGACCUUGAGCUCGCUGGAAGAGGCCCUCCGCACGCCGCUCCCCUCCGCCGCCGGCAGCGCCGGCGCCACCGCCGACCUCGUCGUCAACUGCACCGGCCUGCAGUACAACUUCCUCGCCGACGGCGGCGACCCGCAGCUGAUCCCCGUCCGCGGCCACGUGCUCCUUGUCGAAAACAACCUCCCCUACCAGGUCACCUUCGAGCAGCCGUACCUCCCGGCUGACGCCAAGCCCGGCGAGUUCCUCAUGCUCUUCCCGCGGCCCGAGGGCGGCGCCAUCCUCGGCGGCAUCUACGACCGCAACUUCCUCGAGUACGACACCGCCGUCGACCCGGCCUACGUCGCCCGCCUCGUCGCCAAGGCCCAGCGCCACCUCCCGGACCUCGUUGCCUCCACCGCGGGCGCCGUCAAGAUCGCCCGCCACGUCGUGGGCUUCCGCCCCGAGCGCCAAGGCGGCGCCCGCAUCGGUCAGGACCCGGCCGAGCCCCGCAUCGUCCACAACUACGGCAACGGCAACUCCGGCUUCAUCGAGAGCUGGGGCUGUGCCGCCAACACCCAGACACAGGAACGUCUUGCACGGGGUCUGCGGGGUCUUGUGGGUCCCCAGUGCACCCGCAGACCAAUGCAGAACGUUGCCUGCAAGACGCUGGCCCUCGGGGCGCUGCUGCUAGUGGCAGCCCUCUACACGCUGCACGCCGUGGUGCCCGGCAACCAGGAAUACGAGGCAUACGGGGGAUGGUGGCGGCGGUCGCCGCCCGGCACACAGGCCAGAGGCUCGGUGCGGGCGAUUGCAGACACAGACGACACGGCAAGACUGCUCCGGAGCAUGCACCUGACGCCGAACCACUCGGUGGAGAUCCUCGCCACGGACGCAAACGGGUUCACGAGCGCCCGGGUCGUGCACGGACGGUUCUUGCACAUCACAGACAUGCAUCCGGACGAGCUGAACGUCAUCGGGGCGGCGAUCCGCAAGCAGUGCCACAAGAAGAUGAAAAACGUGGUGUCGAACAUGGACGUGUCGCACAAGUACGGCGACCCGAUGAGCGGCUGCGACUCGCCGCUGGACCUCUACUCCUCCACGUUGGAGUGGCUGCGCACCAACGUGAAGGACCACAUCGACUUUGUCAUCUGGACGGGCGACAACAUCCGCCACGACAACGACAGAGCCCACCCGCGGACGGAGGCAGAGAUCUUCGACAUGAACGAGCGGGUGGUGGCCGACUUCAUCGACACCUUCAUGGACGACGGCGAGGAGGAGGAGACCGUCUUCGACCGCAGGGUGAAGAUCGUGCCCAGCUUGGGCAACAACGACGUCUACCCGCACAACUUGUUUGCCCCCGGCCCGACGUUGCAGACGAGAGAGCUCUACAAGAUCUGGCGAGACUUCAUCCCCACCGAGCAGAUGCACACCUUCGACCGCGGAGCGUACUUCCUCAGAGAGGUCAUCCCGGGCAAGCUGGUUGUGCUCAGCAUCAACACCCUCUACUGGUUCCAGUCCAACCCCUUGAACGACAACUGCGACUCCCGCAAGCAGCCCGGCUACAAGUUGUUCCUCUGGCUGGGCGCCACUCUCAAAGAAUGCCGCCGCAGAGGACUCAAGGUCUGGUUGAGCGGCCACGUCCCGCCCAUCCCAAAGAACAUCCACCACAGCUGCUACGCCAAGAUCAGCGUCUGGAUGCACGAGUACAGAGACUUGAUCAUUGGCGGCGUCUGGGGCCACAUGAACAUCGACCACUGGGUGCCCAUGGACUCCGUCAAGGCCUGGAAGAGCAUCAAAAAGCGUCUUCUUGCUGCCGGGGCGUGGGACGAGAGCAACCACUUCCCCUUCAUCGACUACGACCAAAUGGAAGAGCUGGUGGGGGCUAUGGAUGACGAAAGCGACACCGACGACGAUUUUGAAACAGUUGAAGAUCUAUAUAGGUCGCUCGGAUAUGACAUCGACGACGAGUCGAGUGAUCCUCUACACACUUUUUCAGACAGAUACAUGGGUGCACCCAAUGGCAAAGUCACCUAUUUGGAAAACUUGAGGGAUUCCAUGUACGCGAAGUUGAAGGGUAAGAAAAAGGGAGGCGACUUUUCAGAAAGAUACUCCAUUGCUCACAUCUCCUCGAGCGUAAUACCCACUUACAACCCCGGCCUGCGCAUAUGGGAGUACAACAUCACCGAGUUCAACUCUUUGGACAACAGCGAGUCUGAAGCUCAAGGUAGCCAGACUUUGGCAGGAAAGCUCUCAUCUUAUCUCAAUACCUCAGCUAAAAACACUACAUUCCAUUAUGGAGAUUGGAGUUACUUCUUCCAGCAGUUAGAGAAUCUACUCGACGAUGAAGAACAAAUUGAGAAGCUCAUCACCGAGCUCGAAAGCAGUCCGGACAAAAUGAACAGCUCGGAGUACCUACAAAUGAAGGCGCCAUCAAAGGACAAAACCAUCCCAAAUAUCAUGCCUGCAAGUCUACCAUUAGGUCCAGCUUAUAUCCCGCAGGCACUCUCACCCGAAAGAUACGUACAAUACUACGUGGAUUUGAAUGAAGUCAACUACCAGAAAAAGGACAUUGAUAGCUGGAAAUUCAACUACAAACUACACUACUCUACAGAUGAUAAAUUUGAAUCUCGAGGACUGUUGGUCAAAGACUGGGUCAACUUUGGACGGAAACUUGCGAAAACUGCUCCGGUGAAGGGCAAGGAAACAGAGAAACUUGGUGAUUCGGAGACUCAGCUGAAAGGUGAAAAACUGUGGAAAAACUAUGUCGAUAGAGCAUUCAUAAGCUCUGGGUAUCAAGAACUACCAGAUGCCGUUGGAAAAUGA